AUGGGUGUGUCGCCAUCAAUGGUGAAGAAACUUGGUUUCAUCUUCUUGAUUGUUUCAGCUUCUGUUAUUUCUGUCUCUUUAGCAGGCCGGCCAUCGAUUCUAGUCUACACACAUAUAGAUCUUCAUGACGAGAUGGUGGAAAGAAGCAUACAUGAGAGGCUUUUGAGGAUGAACACAAAGGAUUAUGCGCAAAGCACUCCGUCGCCAAGACUUGUGAGGCCUCCUUUCAAGCUUAUUCCCAAUUGA